CCGAGGUACAGAACCACCAUCGAACUUUGCAGCAGCAAAGUUUGUUCAGUUGUUUUUAUUUUGCUUGUCACCUUUAGACCUCAUUACGCGCACUGAUCCUCCUGCUCUCCAAACCAAGAAGAUGCCCAAGUCCACACCGUGCGUGUUCCCAUGGUCCUCGGUGUGGCUGGCAUCUUUGGCUACUUUGGUGGUGCAGUCGGUGCUCUCUUCCUCCUACUCUUCUUCCUCCUCCUCUACAUAUCAGGGAUCUGCAGCCGGUGGGAAGCGACCGGGCUUCAUGGAGAGGACGCUGGUUCUCCUGGAUGUCAACACCCGCAGUCCGAUCAGAGUCCUCAACGACAACUUCCUUUCUCUGCAGCUGGACCCCUCGAUCAUCAAAGACGGUUGGCUGGACUUUCUGAGCUCCAAGCGGCUCGUGACCAUGGCGCGCGGCCUGUCUCCUGCCUUUCUGCGUUUUGGCGGAAAGCGGACCGACUUCCUGCAGUUUAACAACCAGAAAAACCUCGCUAAGUUCAGAGGGCCGGGGCCAGACUACUACCUAAAGAACUACGAGGACGAUAUAGUGCGCAGUGACAUUGCAUUGGACAAACAGAAGGGUUGCAAACUGGCCAACCAUCCUGACAUAAUGCUGGAGCUGCAGAGGGAGAAGGCUGCCACCACACAGCUCGUCCUGCUGAAAGAGCAACUGUCCAACAUCUACAGCAACAUUACAAUAACAGGUCUUGGAGCAAGGCUGGUCGCCUUCUGCUCAGAUGUCAGGUCUUUAGACAAACUGUACAACUUUGCCGACUGUGCUGGUCUGCAUCUGAUCCUGGGGCUUAACGCACUGCACAGAAACCCGGACAACUCCUGGAACACCUCCUCCACACUGAGCCUCCUGAAGUACAGCGCUGGCAAGAAGUACAACAUCUCCUGGGAGCUGGGCAACGAGCCGAAUGCCUACCGCAGCAUGGUGGGUCGUGCGGUCAACAGUACCCAGUUGGCUCAGGACUACACCAAGCUGCGGACCCUGCUGCAGUCCGUACGCUACUAUCACCGCGCUCACCUCUACGGCCCCAAUGCAGGACGACCCCGGAAGAACGCCAUCCUGCUGCUGGAUGGGUUCAUGAAGAAUGCUGGCUCAGUUGUAGAUGCGGUUACGUGGCAACACUAUUACAUGGACGGCAGAGUGAACAAAGUGGAGGACUUCCUAAAAACCCGUCUAUUGGACACAUUGACGGAGCAGAUCACUAAAGUCACCAAGGUUGUGAACACACAUAGUCCUGGUAAGAAGGUGUGGCUUGGCGGACUGGGGCCGGCAUGGGCAGGAGGCAUUAGUAAUCUCUCUGACACAUACGCUGCUGGCUUUCUGUGGGUGAACACGCUGGGUAUGGCUGCUAUGCAGGGGAUAGAUGUUGUGUUGCGUCACUCAUUCUUUGACUACGGAUACACACACCUUGUGGACCAGCACUUCAACCCGUUACCUGAUUACUGGUUUUCUCUGGUCUUCAAGCGUCUGGUUGGUCCGAGGGUUUUAGCGGUGCGGGUGGCUGGACUACAGAGGAGGCCACAACCAGGACGAGUCAUACGAGACAAGCUACGCAUCUACGCCCACUGUACCAGCUACUACAAUCAUAACUAUGUGAGAGGGUCCAUAACGAUCUACAUCAUCAACCUGCAUCGGUCGCGAAAGAAAAUCAAGUUGGCGGGGACGUUACGGAACAAAACUGUCCAUCAGUACCUGCUGCAACCGUACGGCACUGACGGACUCAGAGCCAAACAUGUCCAGCUGAACGGGGAGAGGCUGCUCAUGUCGGACAAUGAGACAUUCCCAGAAUUGAAGCCUAAGACAUUGAGGGCUGGACGGACAAUAGCCAUGCCUCCCAUGACCAUAGGCUUUUAUGUAAUCAAGAACAUUAACGCAUAUGCCUGUCGAAGAUAACACCGACCCCUCACCCCUGAGAUAUAGGCGUGAUGCUCAGACGUCUAUCAAACCAACAACCCCCUGCCAACUUGACUCAAAGCUUAAAAACAGUGUGGCUCCUCUUUUUUUUUUUCAUCUGUCCACGAAAACAGACGGAGGUCAGAAUUAGGAAUCAGGAUUUAAGUGUUUUGCUCAAGGACACUUCAGUAGAGAGUGCCCAUGGCUUGAAUACAACACAAUCCUCUUGUUUAACAACAGCCUCCUCAACAAUUAUCAGUGGUAAUAUUUAAACCACUUUCCCAUAUUAAAAUAAACCCAGCUCUUCCAUUGUUCUCCUCUCUGGUCCAGCAAAGAAAGACUUGCCCAAGACACAUAAAACAGUUUGCACUGAACACUUUUCAGUUCUUUUCACCAGCAGUUCCUCAGAUACUACAAGACUUGUUUGAACAGUGGUUGUUUUGCGCCUUUGUAUGAAGUUUGUAGUUCAUAGUUACAGAAAUGCAAUAUCAAAAAGUCCACAUUUCUGAUUAAGCUAUAUUUUUUAUUCUCUCUGAUUGUCAAACCCAGGGUGCGUUAUCUCUGUGUCUCGGAGAGAGUUUUUUUUCUUUUCUCUUUUUUUCUAUUCUUUGGUAUACAGAGGGGAAAAAAAGAGAAAACUCUGAACAGGCAGCGUUUCUGAGGCGUACACAAGUCAGCUUUAGUUUGACUUGAUCCUCUCCACAAAGAGAAAAUGCCGAGGUGUGUAUGAGGUCAGGCCUGGACUUACCAAGUGGUGUGUGUCUGUGAAUGUAUGCAUGUGUUUUAUUAUUGAUAAAGCUACUGAUGUGUCUGUCCAGCCUGUUUGAUGUGCCACUGAAAGUAUACGUUUCUUCCUUUGCCAUAUCAAGUGGCUUGAAGGGAAAAUCUGUUUCUUUUAAAGGCUGUUUUUGUGUGUUUUGUGUAUCGUUGCUUUUCUGCUGCAGGUUUCAAUUUAACUGCAGAGUACCAUAGCCAGGAUGUGUCGCUGGUACUGCUUUGCAGCGAUGUAUAGCUGAAGAACAAUGUGAACUCAUCCAUAACAUCUGUCCUUUCCCAGCCUGCGUACACACAAAAUCUGGGUUUUGCUUUAGAUUCAAAAACUCUAAGAUGCCAGUUUUUCAGGUGUAUUUUAUCUCACUAUCUCUUCAGUGUGAUCUCACAUUUUAUAAUCCUCUUAUGCUGCUAGUUUAAAUAUACAUGAUAUUAUAUUUUACAUAAUUUUGUACAGAUUUACUGUCAUAUAUUAUUAGAUAAUGUAUUGUACAUAAAAAAGAAUAAUGAAAAUAAGUGAUUUAAGCUUGAUAUGUUUACUUACAUACAGUAUACACCUAAUUUAUAUGAUUAAAUACUUUACUUUGUCUUUACAUUUCUUUUCUAAAUGACUCAGUUAUGUUAGUGGUACUAAUGCCCCAACUGUAACGCAAAAUCAAAAAUAACUUUAAGAGCCAAUUCAUUAAAUAACAGGGUGACCAAGUGACUGUGUUAAUAGUCACUCGGAGAUUUAAUCAUGUUGCUUAAUAUGUGCUCCACACUGACAUGAAUAAGGACAAUGGUAACAUUUCUAGAUAAGCAGGAGCAGGUUCAGUGCCUGAACAUGUUAAAUAUAAAGAAUAUUUGUCCUCUGAAUGUGUUUAUAGUUAAUGUAGAGAUGUUCAUAUUUCUUUUGGAGAGUAUUAUUUUAAUAUGGAAAGUGUGCAUAUAUAUUAUUUUUUGUUAAAAAAAAGUUUACAUUGAUAAUAAACACCUACA